CAUGGCGGAGCGCAAGCCGAGGAACGGAACGGUGGACCCUGUCGUCGGCCCGCACGGUGCAGCCAUCAUCUCAGAACUUUUCCUGAGCUCGCCGUGACGCACCGACAACACUCCCAUCGCUCCAUCACUCCAGCUAUUCAUCGCGUUUUCCACCUUCCUCCCCUCUCCACAUUCACAUCCACAUCAAGAUGCUCCAACGGACACUUCUCCGCGCCUCAAGACAGGCCGCCCGCCCUGUCCAGCGCAUACAACCCGCCUUUGCCCCCAUCACACGAGCAACGCCCGCGGUACGGUGGUACUCUGAUGCCGCGCCCCCCGAGGGAAAGAAGGACGGCGAAGCUGCCGAGGCGCCGAAGGACGCUGCCGCGCAGUUGAAGGAGCAGCUCGAGAAGAAGGACAAGGAGGUCAUCGAGCUCAAGGACAAAUACCUCCGCUCCGUCGCCGACUACCGCAACCUCCAAGAGCGCACCAAGCGCGAGAUCCAAGCUGCCAAAGACUUCGCGCUGCAGCGCUUCGCCCGCGACCUCGUCGAGUCCGUCGACAACCUCGACCGCGCGCUGACCACCGUCGAGCCGGCCAAACUCACCUCCGAGAACCCCGACCUCGUCACGCUCCACGACGGCCUCAAGAUGACCGACUCCAUCCUCAUCUCCACGCUGAAGAAGCAUGGGUUGGAGCGCUUCGACCCCAGCGUCGAGAGCGAGAAGUUCAACCCGAAUGUGCACGAGGCGGUGUUCCAGACGCCCAUGCCGGAUAAGGAGGACGGCGUGUGCUUUCACACGCAGCAGAAGGGCUUUUUGCUCAACGGGCGCGUGUUGAGGGCCGCCAAGGUCGGCGUCGUCAAGAACUCAUAGGCACCUCACCUGACCGCCUUCCUUCAUUGUUAUGGCAGGUGGCACCCGAGUUUUGUAUGUGACAUAUAAUUGUACGACUAUCAGGAUAGGAUCGGGACGGGGUUCUGUGGUUGGGCCGCACGGCGUUGCGCUGCGUUGCGUUGUUUACGCCUCAUUCUCGUUCGACAUGUGUAAAUAUCCCCCCCUCUCACUCUCCCCCGCAAAAGCAUCAAAGGACGGCGAACCAAGGAAAACUCGCCACAUGUAGGAACAUUGUAAUAUUUACGACCAGGGGAAUGGCAUGGAGAAACAAUCAUAUAGAUGGUAUCAAUUGCUAAUGCUCGAUU